ACCUCGGAUAUGAUCUGGAGGCUCGUGGUCCUCACUCCUCUCAUCCUCCUUCUGCGAUGCGCUGACGGGAGCACGACCUUCCGCCGGACGCAUCGCCAUGCCAGUCGAAGCAGGAGAGACGUCGGCAGCAGCUCAAAGGUCCCCCGUGGACCCCCCUUCUCCUCUUGCCUGGUCCCACUCACACCUGAGGAGCACAGAGUUCUGGACCGCAGCACGCACGAGACAGGUUUCCACGGUGAUGAUGGCUCCUAUGUGAUCCUCACAUGGGUAGGCGAUGAGACCGGAGUGGUGCUGGUCCUCUCGACUAUCAGCGCCCCGAUCGACUCUUUCUUGUCUGGAGGCUCCUCGCGACUCUACCGCAGCACUGACUAUGGGAAGUCCUUUCACGACAUCUCGCAGCGCAUCAACCACACUUUCAUCAAGGAGGAGUUCGGUGUCAGUGUGGGGCCCGGGAGUUCCGUGAUCCUGACCGCCGACACUCCGGUGGUGGACCACCCCGGCGGGAUCAUCUUCACCUCCACGGACGCCGGCGCCACCUUCAAAUUCAUCCAGCUGCCGUUUCACCUGGCGGAACCCAUCACGUACCACUUCCUCAACCCGGAUUACCUGGUGGCGCUCAGCAUCGACGGAAGUCUGUGGCUCUCCCUGGACUUUGGUGCCAAGUGGACCAAAGUCCAUGAUGGAGUGCAUUCUUUCUCCUGGGGGGGCGGAGUCAACCUGUUCUUCAGCUGCAGUAAAGUGGACACGGUGGAGGCAGAUGAAAGAGGAGAUCUCCGGCUCAAGAGGACCAACAAUCUGGGUAAAACCUUCACCACCAUCCACGAAGACAUCUACAGCUUUGGAUACAUCGGAACCUUUCUCUUCUUCUCCGUCAUGGAGGACCCGCGAUCUCCUCGUGUCAUGUACUUCUCAUCAGACCAGGGAGACACGUUCAGCAAAGCUCUUCUGCCCUCUGCCUCCACUGAACAGUUUUACUCCAUCCUGGACGGAGAUGAGGACAUGCUCUUCAUGCACGUGGACCUUCCUGGAGACACCUACUUUGGAACCAUGUACACCUCUGACGACAGGGGGAUCCUGUUUUCCAAGUCGCUAGAGCGCCAUCUAUUCGACGGGCAGAGGAAGAGUGACUUUACCAACGUGACGUCUCUGAGGGGGGUGUACCUCACCAACAAGCUGGACAGAGACGGCCGCAUCAGAAGCGUCAUCUCCUUCAACCGAGGAGGCACGUGGCACCAGCUCAGCAAGCCUGACAACGUGGACUGCGCCGUGGACGUGAAGCAUUGCCACCUUCACGUCCAUGGAGAGCACAGCCGCAACAACCAGGUGGUGCCCAUGCUUCCCCUGACCGAGCCCAGCGCCGUCGGCCUGGUCCUCGCCCACGGAAGCGUGGGCGACGCUCUGUCCUCAACGCAGCACCCGGAUGUCUUCGUCUCGUCGGACGGAGGGUACACGUGGAGGGGGACGCUCAGGGGGCCCCACCACUACAGCAUCCUGGACUCUGGAGGGCUGAUUGUGGCCGUGGAAGCUCAGAGAGAAGGACAAGUCAAGACCAUCAAGUUCUCCACGGAUGAAGGCCAGUGCUGGAAGUCCUACAACUUCACCGAGCAGCCAUUCUUCUUCGCCGGUCUGUCAUCUGAGCCCGGCACCAAGGCCAUGAACGUCAGCGUUUGGGGCUUCAGGCCGGAAGAUGACGGGCAGCCCAUGUGGGUGGCCGUCACCAUCGACUUCCAGAGUCUCAUCACCAGAGAGUGUGGCGAGCAGGACUACGACGAGUGGCUGGCCCACUCCACCAACGGGGGGACCUCAGAAGAUGACGGUUGUGUUCUGGGGGUGAAGGAGACGUACAGGAGGCUGAAGAAGCGCUCCGUGUGCCGGAACGGUCGCGGCUACACGGUGGUGAAGAAGAGGAGCUCCUGCCCCUGCACCAGAGAAGACUUCCUCUGCGACUAUGGCUACCAUCGCCACGUGAACACGUCGGAGUGCGUGAGGGAGAGCAGCGUGAACAAGACCCUGGAGGCGUGUCUGGAGGGGGAGGAGGAUGAGCUUCUGACGGCGGGGUACCGGAAGGUUCCCAGCGACCAGUGCGAGGGGGGGUUCUCUCCCCAGCUCGCUGUCCAGACAGUGAUACAUCCUUGUGGAGUCAAGCCCAGUCCUGAUCCAGCUGCCGGGUCCGACUCUGCUGUGACUCACUUUGACACACCGCGAGAGCGGCUGGUGUUGAUCCUGGUGUGUGCAGGGGCCGGAGUCAUCGUCCUCAUCGCCGUCGUCUCCUCUGUCUUGGCUGUGAGGAAAGUGAUGCACCGGAACAGGAUCCCGGCGUAUCGCUUCUCCAACCUGCAGCUGCAGGACGACCACCACAGCUGCGCGGCUGAGCACGAGAGUGGCAACGGCACCGCCUGCCUCAUGACCCUGUCCUGACCACACCUCCACCGGGAGCCUUUGAGUGCCACAAUUCCCUGCUUUUGUAGUUUUGACAUUUGUUAUUUAUUCAUCUCUCCCACCCCCACUUUCAUCCACUCUUCAGUUUGUACAGUUUUUUUUUUUAUUUAAUAGUGUCACGUGUUUUAAAUGUGAAGUAAAUGUGCACUUAAAGCGACAGAAACAACGUUAUUGUUAUUUUCAUGACUGUUUUGUUCAAAAGCUGUGACAUUCCAGCCUCCAUUGUGUUGACCGAGAAAUUAAAGCCACUACAGAUGCCCGAAAAUAAAUAUACAUUUCCUGCUUUGCUAUACCGGUGCACCUGUUUUCCUAUUUCAAAACCCCAAGUUUAUUCUUCCCCUGCGUCCAUCCAUCCAUCGUCGCCGCUUAUCCGUUGCCGGGUCGCAGGGGCAGCAGCUUCAGGAGGUCACGCCAAACGCCCUACU